UCAGUCAGUGUGAUGUAGAGUUCAGAACGAGAAACACGACCAUAAGCUGUAAGGUAUACGACCUAACCAAGCCAAACCGAUAAGCCACAAGAAGAAAUAUUUAAUACUGUCUGUGCUGUAGAGUUAUUGAUAUAGUACCACCGCCCGAGUAACGUAGCCGCUUUUUUUUUACUGUGCCAUCCCAGUUGAAACCAGACAGGGAUAAUACCAUCAUCUAUCAUUUCCCUUAGCAGUGACCCCCUCCCAUACGAUCAAACGACGGCCCGUGUGAAUGGAAGAAAAAGACGUCGGUCUCUAGUGCUUUAGUAUUUAGGAUAUUGAUUAUUUCAAACGAGUGACGAAAAAUUUCGUUUUUAAAAUUGUUCCGUGGCUGUCUCGAAAAAAAAAAGUUUUUUUUGUUCUACUAAUAUAGUGUCUAAUUAUAUCGGGAUCAUUUUCCCGGUAAUCAAUGCAAGUGAUAUUGGCCUCUGGUGAGCGUGAUCGAGCGGCGGAAGAGUAAAAAUAAAUAACGAGAAAAAAUCGAUCAGGUGACGGAGACACAAAUCAUGUGCGGAAAAAAGGAUGAAAGUGAUGAAAUGCUGGGUGCCUGAAGUAGCUGGAUCAACGCAAGGAGCAAACGUGGCAAGCCGCCAUAGCGGAAGAAAUCCCAAAGCAAAAUUUCUCUGUGAUUUGUAGUUUAAAAAUACGAAAAUUUUAAAUAGCUAAAGAAAGCGACCCAUACCAUAACAAAAAAAAAUCAAAAGAGUGAAUUUGCCUCACGGGCAAAUUGUUAUAUUUUUUUUUUUCACUUGGCAUCGCGACCCAGCGCGCGCGUUUCACACAUUAAAAGAAGCUGCGAAGGAAGCCGCCAUGACGACCACAACCGCACAGGCGACAACACCCUCCAGCAUCCAGAACACCCAACGAAUGGGCUCGAUAGUGCUGAAGAGUUUGUCCAUUCUGCUAGGGUUGUUCUUCAUCUUUAUCGGACUGAUGAAGCUAACGCCGCACAUCAGCAAGGAACUGCAUCGAGAUUUGCGAAAAAACUACGUCAAGUAUGCGAAAGUGUUCCCAUUCUCAUCGAUGUUCGAUUUUAAGCUGCCCUCGAAGUGGUACCGCCGAUCGGUCGGCGGACUGGAAGUGUUCUGUGGCCUCGCUAUGGUGAUCAUUCCCAGCCAUAAAGUCAAGAACGUGGCCAACGUAACCUUGCUGAUGCUGAUGUUUCUGGCCGUGUACUCGCACUACAUGGUUAGCGAUCCGUUCGAACGAUGUGGACCAGCUCUGGUGUUCACCUUCAUGCUUAUCGGCCGGCUAGUGAUAUGGUACCAGGCCAGUAGACGGGAGACGCUACUUGCUGCGGAGAAAAUCACCAACAAUGGUAUCAAGCAGGAUUAAGCAGCAGGACAUUUGUAAUCUCUGAUCUCAUCCACAAACGAAACAAGCAGCAAACUAAUGCACAGACUUUUGAUAAGUUAUUUCCUCCGCAUUGUACUGUACUUAUGCAAAUGAAGCGAAUUGUGUUUCUCGUGACGACGUACAUACACACUCCACCUUUCCCCUAUGUCAAUGAGGAUCGAUGUGGACCUUUCUCGACGAUCCGAGUGGAGCUGGAACAUUCUGCGGUUCACAUAUUGAUCCAUUUACUUUGUAUUUGACCACGUUGAGGACAUCAUCAAAUGAAUCAAAUCGAACAACUGAACUCAACAAAAUUAGAAAAAAAAAAAACGGAAUCUACAUCCAAUCGCAUCAGAAAGUUUGUUUAUAGUCAAAUGUGUUCAUUAUUGUCAGAAAACCGGACAUCUCUAGUCAGUUGUAUUAUCAUUUCUUGUUUUCUGUACCUAAAUCGUAUACUGGUGAUGCUAGCGAACGAAUAUCUUUUUCAUUUAUUUGCAGCCAACGCAACGUAACGGCAAAUAAAUUUCAAAAUCUUAACUCUAUCCUUUUUCGACGAUAAGCUUAAAAGACUUCAGCAAAGCGUUUCAUUUAAUGCAGACUGCGCAGUACGCAACUAAGAACAUUUAUCAAGUGUAUAAGAAAAAUCACAUUGCAAAGUAACUAAAUACACUGCACUUUUUUCAAGUAGUAAAAUAAGAGCAUUGAAACUCGGUUCUAGAAAAACAGCCACAAAAUCGAUUUAUAAUUACUGCAAGGAGAAGUCUGCAUUCGAAUAAAAACCGACGAGCAGCAAAUGAAAAUACUUACCCGUUUUAAAAUAAGCAAGAGAAGAAAAGACAAAUUUUAUCCAAAAUUCAAUGCACCAUCGUUGUUUGAAACUACGUAAGCAAGCAAAACAUUGUCAAUAAAAAAAUGUAGAAGCGCACUGAAACUACUACCAUAAUGUUUCCAAUAGUUUAACAGACAAGAAGGUAAAAGCAAAUAGCAGAGCAACUGAUAAACAAGCGAAAUUAUGCAACAACAACAACAACCAUAGUCAAACCAUAUUACAAGUUUAUACGAAAAAUAGACCAAUAAAGGCAAAUACGAAUGAA